GAAAUAUAUAUAUCUCUGUUUGAAACGGGCAAACAGAGACUACAGUUUCACCAGGCAAUUACAGUGUGUCAAAGAAUGACAGAGCAAACAUAAGAUUCAUAAUAAUGACAGUCAUCGGAAUCGACCUCGGUACAACAAAUUCGUGUGUUGCUGUGUACUGGAACAAUCAGGUCCAAAUCAUUGCCAACGACCAAGGAAACCGGGUAACACCAUCGUACGUGUCAUUCACAGAAGAUGAAAGACUGGUUGGUGAUGCUGCCAAACAAGAAGUACCGUCUAAUGUUGAGAAUACUUUAUUCCAGAUCAAGCGAUUGAUUGGACGUUCAUACGAUGAUCCGAUUGUACAAGCGGACAUGAAGUUAUGGGGAUUCAACAUAAUUGACGAAAACAACAAGCCAAAAAUACCGAUUGUGUAUAAAGACCAGCACAAAUUAUUCUGUCCUGAAGAAAUAAGUGCUAUGAUUCUCGAAUCUUUGAAAACAACUGCUGAAGAUCGUGUGGGUGAAACAGUCACAGACGCCGUAAUAACUGUCCCUGCAUAUUUCAAUGAUUCCCAACGUAGUGCAACAAGAGAUGCAGGAAAAAUAGCCGGACUUAACGUACUACGAAUGAUCAAUGAACCUACAGCUGCUGCAAUUGCUUAUGGAUUAGAUAGAGCGAUUGAUGAAUUGCAGACUGUGCUUGUUUUUGAUAUUGGGGGUGGAACCUUCGAUGUCACAAUUGUUACUAUAAAAAAUAAGAAGUUCAAUGUCCGAGCAACAGGCGGAGACAGUCAUCUUGGAGGUGAUGACUUUGACAAUAGGAUGGUCAACCAUUUCGUCUCUGAGUUCAAUCAAAAGAAUUAUUGCGAUUUGUCUCAAAACAAAAGGGCACUCAACCGACUUCGUAUUGCUUGUGAAGCCGCAAAAAGAAAGUUGUCUGUUUCUUCUAGAGCAACAGUGCAAGUAGACGGACUUUACAAUGGUAUUGACUUCAAAAGAGGCAUAAGCAAGGCGCAGUUUGAGGAACUGAAUUAUGAUUUAUUUGGAAAAACAAUUCAAACCGUGAAGGACACGCUUUCCAGUGCAGGAAUAAAUAAAAACGAAAUUGAUAGUACUGUACUGGUUGGUGGAUCAACACGCAUCCCAAAGAUACAGGAGCUCUUACAAGAGUUUUUUGAAGGAAGGAAAAUCAACAAAACCAUAAAUCCAGACGAAGCAGUUGCGUAUGGCGCAGCUGCACUGGCAGCCACUCUAUCUGGGGAUGCUUCAUCUGAGAUGGAAGAGUUGUCACUUUCUGACGUGACUCCUCUGUCACUUGGAUGGAAAAACAAAAGGGGAGACAUGGUUACAGUGGUGAAACGAAAUACUACGAUACCAACCGAAAAGUGGAGUAGCUCCAAGACUGGCGAGGAUUAUCAAAGAAGCUCGCAUUUUAGCAUAUAUGAAGGAGAGCGUGCUGCUGCUACCGACAACAAUUAUCUCGGUAGUUUCAGCAUCGAAGGAAUUCCUUGUGCUUUACGAGGUGUUGAAAGAUCAGAAAUUUGCUUUUCCAUUGAUGAAAGUGGAAUUCUUUCCGUUAGAGCACGCAAUGUCAGUACAGGGAAAGAAAACCAAAUCAAUAUUGCCAGCAGGGGAAAUCUCAGUGAAAUGGAAAUAAAAAGAAUGACAGAAGAUGCAGAAAGAUUUAAAAGUGAAGACGCGGAGUGGAGAAAACGCAGUGACGAAACUCACAAGCUUGAGGAUUUUGUGUACGCUGUCAAACACGCUGUCACAGAACCGCAGUUGAGAUGGAAUCUUCUAGACAAGGAUAAGAAAAAGAUAAUCGAAAAGUGUGAUGAAAUAAUAAACUGGCUCAAUGAUACAGGCAAUCCACAAAUUUAUGAUUCUGAAGAAAAGAAAGAGGAAUUAGAAGAAACCUGCCGACCGAUCUUUGCAAUGAUUCCAGAUGGUUUUGAAAUUUUUAGUAAAUUUCAGAGAUAAAUUUCAAUGAGAUCUGCAUUUCCACUAUAAAUUAAACUGUUAUUAUUACACGAUGAUUGUUCAGUGACAAAUUUAUCACAUAUUAUUAUCAAGAUGAAGAAUUUUAAUAAUUUCCUUGUAUUAUACUCAAAAUCAUUUAUUUAUUUUAACUUUUGCCUGAAAUUUUGCUUUCGAAUUUAAUUUAAAAAUAGAAGCUCAAGUAUUUUACUUUUUUGGAAAGUUAUGUAAGCUUAUUUACCUGCGACAUUUCAAAUUGAUGUAAUUUUGUGAAUACGCCAUCACACGUUAAUUGUGCAAGGCCCCGAGAUUUCUGCUAUGAGUUAGAAUAAAUGAUGUCAGAAUGUGUUAAUUGCUUUCUUGACUUAUCUUAAUUGCUGCAAAUGAUAUCGUUUCGAUUUUUAUAGGAAAACUAAUGAGUGUGAAACUAUGUUGACGCAUUACAGCAUUUAUA